CAGAACCGCUGACGAUUUCAAACGCCAAUCUCUCUCCAGGUGGCGCGACCAAACAUCAUUGUUUCGAGGCGCUCUACCCCGUUUCCCUCGUGUGUCCAAAUCCAAUCCCCUACCAAUCGGGGGCAAACACAACGCCCGUCUCCUCCGCCUCCGCUCCCUUCUGCUCACCCGCACGAUGGCGCCGGAGGCGCGAGGCGAGGCGGCGCCGGUGUACAGGGACGCAUCGGCGCCGGUGGAGGCGCGGGUGCGGGACCUGCUGGGCCGCAUGACGCUGCGUGAGAAGGCGGCGCAGAUGGCCCAGAUCGAGCGCACCGUCCCGACGCCGCGCGCCCUCACGGACCUCGGGGCCGGCAGCGUCCUCAACGCCGGGGGAAGCACGCCCCGCGAGCGAGCCUCCCCGGCCGACUGGGCCGCCAUGGUCGACGGCAUGCAGCGCCUCGCGCUCUCCUCCCGCCUCGGCGUCCCCAUCCUCUACGGCACCGACGCCGUCCACGGCCACAACAACGUCUACGGCGCCACCGUGUUCCCUCACAACGUCGGUCUCGGCGCCUCCAGGGAUGGAGAGCUCGCGCGUAGGAUCGGCGAGGCGACGGCGCUCGAGGUUCGGGCCACUGGCAUCCACUGGACCUUCGCGCCCUGCGUCGCCGUUUGUCGGGAUCCUAGGUGGGGCAGAUGCUACGAAAGCUAUAGCGAGGACACAGAGAUCGUGCGCUCGUUGACCACCAUCGUCAGCGGUCUGCAGGGGCAGCCGCCAGCAGACCAUCCUCACGGUUACCCCUUCCUCGCUUCGCCUAGGGAGAAUGUACUUGCUUGCGCUAAGCAUUUCGUAGGGGAUGGUGGCACAGACAAGGGGGUGAAUGAGGGGAACGCCAUUUGCUCCUAUGAGGAUUUGGAAGCAAUCCAUAUGACACCUUACCCUGAUUGUAUAGCUCAAGGGGUGGCAACAGUAAUGGCGUCCUACUCUAAAUGGAAUGGGGAGUCAUUGCAUUCGAGUCGCUACUUGCUGACGGAUGUUCUGAAGGGCAAGUUAGGCUUUAAGGGUCUUCUCAUUUCAGAUUGGGAGGGUAUUGACAGGAUCUGUGAGCCACAAAAGCCACGAGGGUCUGAUUAUCGCUAUUGCAUUGCACAAUCAGUAAAUGCAGGAAUGGACAUGAUUAUGAUACCUCACAGGUUUGAGAAAUUUUUGGAUGAUAUUGUGUUCUUGGUGGAGGCGGGGGAGAUACCAAUGUCACGGAUUGAUGACGCCGUUGAGCGAAUUCUGAGGGUUAAGUUCAUUUCUGGAGUGUUUGAGCAUCCAUUUUCAGACCAAUCUCUACUGGACAUAGUUGGUUGCAAGGAACAUCGAUUACUAGGGCGUGAGGCUGUUCGCAAGUCUUUGGUACUUCUGAAAAAUGGCAAGGAUCGGAAGGUGUCAUUCCUUCCAUUGGCCAAAGAUGCAAAAAGAAUACUGGUUGCAGGAACACAUGCUGAUGAUAUUGGAUAUCAAUGUGGUGGGUGGACGAUAGCAUGGCAUGGAGACAGUGGAAAAAUAACUCCUGCAUUGAUUUGGACAGUUUGGGAUUACUUCAACAUACUGCAAAGCCGAAUUUGACAGGAUCUUCAAGUGUUAAUGAAAUGGCCACAUCUGCAUGGUCAGUUGGAACAUGCCCUAAAUAGGAUGUGAAGUAUAUAUAUUUAUAUUUUAGAGACUUGAAAUUCACGAGGCCUAUAGAGCUAUAAUCAAAGGGAUAAGGACGAAAUGAAAAGGGAAGCAAUGGCCAAAAGGAAUAGAAAGGAACAAAGGUGAGUGAGAAUGAAAACGAAAUUCCACUUAUACUUUAUAGUAGGAUCUUAUACAGGAAGCACAAUAUCUGGUAAGAACAAGGCGAAUGAACAUGAGAUGACUUCCUUUUGCUCUCAGUGAAAGUUCACGGACAGAUCUGUGACAGGCAUCAUGAUCUGAUCUGGGUCCAAUAAUCAUCAUUUUACUUUAGAUCCCUGCAUGAAAUGAAAACUUAAUGUUGAAGAGGGGCCGUAACAGUCAGCCGGAGUUGAUAAGCUCCAGCUAGCCUCCAGGGGCUAUUUGCCUAUAAUGUCUGGACUGGCGAAUGGGAAACAAACACCUUUUAUUAAAAAAAAUAAAUUGAAUGGGCAACACCUUUCGCUUCACCACCGGUUCAUCUCAUAGAGACGAAUGAAGCUGCAAGAUGUAUGUAUGAGUACCCAGAUGCGAUGGAUGUCAUCCUUCGAAUUUGAACAAAGGUAAACUGAUAACGAUGUCCAAGACAGACAAUGUCACUCUUGUAUGUUAUUCCGUAGUGCAUCUUACUGGACCCUAGAUCGGUUUCGCGUGAAAGGAAAGCAGUAGGAUUAGUGGACUACGCUGUCAACUCUGUCUUAUACUGUCAAUAAUUGUCAGGGUUAAGAAUGGGGAACUCAAAACUGUCACUGGUAGAUGCUUAUCUUUCAAAAAGGAGAAAAAAAAACUGGUAGAGGCUUUGUUACUCCUGAACCUGACAGCCAUCAGCACGCCAGCAGAGUCCAGAGUUGCUGCGCGUACAUGCACAUCACGACCAAAUUGUUUUUGUUAUUACUCCACCAGUUUUGUGUUCCCCAUCCAUCCAUCUCGUGGCAUGUGCCCAUUAUUGAGCCAUCCAUCUUGGUCAGGUCUUGGCUCUCCUCGCGUCAUGCAUGUGCAGCAUCCCCAGUUUCAACUUGCAUAAAAACAAAAUAAUCCGAUGGUCU